UACUGAACAUGGUUGUUAUAUUUAGGUUAAGGGGGAAUUUUUGUUGUUAUAUUUCUGGCAUUUUCUGUAUUUUUAUUCGGAAUUUUCGAGUAUAAACAAUAUUAACUUAUAUAAAAGAAAACAAAUAGGCCUAAUCAGGAAAGCAUGUCCCUAAAAACAACGUAAUACAGAUUACUUCCAGGUAAACGAGAUCGGGGUCAAAAAGUGGGUCACUGUCAAAUUCAGAUAAGGGAGACUUUAGACAGUAUCAGGGUCACAUUAUGUGACUGCAUAAGCUGCCAUCAUGGUCGACUACAGUGUCAACAGCUCUGUCGCCCUCCUGCUCGUGAACAAUCCGCCUGUCAACGCCCUCAGUCAUGCUGUCAGAAAAGGUCUGGCUGAUGGGAUGUUAAAGGCAACAAAGGAUACAAAAGUCAAGGCCAUUGUCAUAGCAGGGAAGGGACGAACAUUUCCAGCUGGAGCGGACAUUAGGGAGUUCAGUGGUCCAGGAAAAGAGCCUUGGUUGGUUCCUGUGGGAAAUGGUAUUGAGGCUAGCGGUAAACCAGUGGUAGCUGCCAUCCACGGCACUUGUCUGGGAGGUGGUCUGGAGGUAGCACUAUUCUGUCACUACAGGGUGGCACUCAAGUCUGCAAGGGUUGGAUUUCCAGAAGUUGCCAUUGGGAUUUUGCCUGGUGCUGCAGGGACCCAGAGACUGCCCCGCGUUACAGGGUUACCUGUAGCCUUUGAUAUGAUAACAUCAGGGCGUCAUGUUCCAGCAGAGCAGGCCAAGAAAUAUGGAAUCAUUGACGAGAUUGUAACCGGAGAUAUCGUGAAUGCUGGCAUUAGGUAUGCCAUGAUUAUGGUCGGAAAGUCCACUAUCCCACGAAGACUACGUGCCAAACCGGUACCUGAUGCUGAAAAUGUCCAGAAAUAUGCUGAUGCUGCCAUGGCUCAUGUGAAGAGGAAGUACAAAGGAUAUGAGGCCCCAGUGUACUGUGUCAAAGCUGUGCGGGCAUCUGCAGAAAAACCGUACGACUUAGGAGUGGAAAACGAGAAAACCCUGUUCAAUGUAGUCGGAAAGUCUGGCCAAGCACGUGCUCAGCAGUAUGCCUUCUUUGCAGAGAGGGUGGUGGGCAAGUGGGAAAUGCCGGGCGGUAACUCUCAAACAGCCAAGCCAAUACCAGUGCGGUCCACAGCGGUCAUCGGUGCUGGAACUAUGGGGACUGGGAUAGCUGUGUGUAUCCUUAGUGCAGGCCUUCCAUGUUAUCUAGUGGAACAGAACCAGAAGUUUUUGGAAAAUGGGCUGAAAACUAUUAAGGCCUUAAUGGAGGGCAGUGUCAAACUGGGAAAAAUUUCACCUGAGGUUGGACAGCGAGCGGCAUCUCUCCUUAAACCGACCAUGAGCUAUGACGACCUCACCGGUGUCGACCUGGUGAUUGAGGCUGUCUAUGAAAACCUGGAAUUGAAAAAAGAAAUUUUUGCUAAGUUGGACAAAGUUUGCAAACCAAGCACCAUUUUGUGUUCAAACACCUCCAGUAUAGACAUUGAUAGGAUUGCCGUAGCAACCAAGCGACCAGAGAAGUGUGUUGGUGUCCAUUUCUUUGCCCCGGCCUAUCACAUGAAACUGCUGGAGAAUAUUUACAGCACAAAAACGUCACCAGACACGGCUGCUACAGUGAUGAAACUCGGCAAGACAAUCGGGAAGGUCCCAAUACUUGUAAAAUCCUGCCAAGGUUUCCUAGCGAACAGAAUGAACACACCGUAUGGUACAGAAUCAGGAUUCCUGGUGGAGGAGGGUGCCCUACCCUGGGAGGUAGACCAGGUGAUGGAGGACUUUGGGAUGCCUAUGGGACCCUUCAAAGUCCGAGAUUUGUCAGGAUUGGACGUGGGUUCAAAAAUAACUGCAGAGAUUGCCAAGACACUAGGCGUCACUCUGACAGAUGAGACCCGCUUCAUGGCUGGUAAUCGCUACAGUCACAUGAACACUGUCCUAGCCAACAUGGGCAGACUUGGUAGGAAGUCUGGUAAAGGUUGGUACAAGUAUGAGAAGGCAGGAGGGAAGAUCGCCUCAAUCGAUGAUGAUGUGAUUACUGUAUUAAACAAUCACUGCAAAAAACUGGGGAUAGAACGACGCACUAUCUCCUCUCAGGAGAUCAUUGAGAGGUUGAUGUAUUCCUGUAUUAACGAGGGUUUCAAAAUACUGGAGGAGGGCAUUGCUAAACGGCCAGAGGAGAUUGAUAUCUCUUGGUUGUAUGGCUUCACCUUCCCCAAGUAUCUGGGAGGUCCAAUGUACUAUGCCAAUCAGGUGGGGCUGGGUCGCGUCUACGACAGAAUCUGCUAUUAUCAUGAAAACUUCCCAUUCAGCAAGCACUGGGUACCCAGCCAGCUGUUAAGGAGACUUAGUGAACAAAACAUUCCGAUGUCACAGUGGAUGGCAAGUCCAGGUGCACGACUCUAGACUAUUGAAGGUCAAGGGCCAAACACUGCAUGUAGGUCACAGGAGGUCAAGGGCUAAACUCUAGGUCACAGGAGGUCAAGGGCUAAACUCUUGGUCACAGGAGGUCAAGGGCUAAACUCUUGGUCACAGGAGGUCAAGUGUUAAACGCUAGCUCACAGGAGGUCAAGGGCUAAACACUAGGUCACAGGAGGUCAAGGGCUAAACUCUUGGUCACAGGAGGUCAAGGGCUAAACUCUAGGUCACAGGAGGUCAGGGCUGCAAUUUAUGUGUGCUGUGACAUGACAUUGUAUCUACGUCGAUCCCAGAAAUUGUUUCUGGACAAGACGAGUAAUGAAGUUAUUAGUGCUGGUAGACAAAACGUGAUCAAAUCUGAUCGAACUUACUGACCUUGUCACACUUAUUUUCUAUUUAAUCAGUUUACAUUGUCAAUUAUUGACCGAUGAUUACCUCAGCUUUGUUUACCAAUCAAUAAUGACAAAAUCCUACACAAUAGUAUUACAUAGAUUUCCUCUUUCUAGAUGUCACUUGACUGAGAUAACAACCAAUUAAAAUAUAAUUAGUCACUUGUUAGUAUAUUCAGAGAAGUUUUCAGCUACUGAACUCAAUCACUGUAAUUGCAAAGAUCUUUUUGAAUACCUAUCUGUUUUACUUGAGUUUGCUUACAGGCCAAAUAUAAGGUCAUGUUCAUGUUAAGAGCCAAAAUUUGAAGCCCGAUUCCAAAUAUGCAUAAUCAGUUUUAACUCAUUCACCCCUGAAAUUCCAUAAUGAACUAUUCCAACCUUUGAAUUUGGAAGGGUUCAAAUGUAUCUUCAGGGGUCAAUGAGUUAAACAAUAUACUUAUAAAGUGUAAUGAUUUAAUGCUGUGCUGAUAGUAUCUAUUUUGCAAUGUCAGCAAGGAUUAUAGGGUUGUUAUUGCUAACAGAUGUUGUACUAGUGGUUAGUGUUGUUUGUAUCGUUAAUGAUAUUACAGGUGAAUGGCCUUAUUAAAGGUGCAUAGUUAUUAUUUAUACAGAGUAUAUCUAAUUGGAUACAAUCGGACAAUCAUGAUGAGUGCUAUAUCCUUAUUGAUAAUAUGACUGCCGACUGAAGUUCAUAGGGCAAUGUUUAGAACAACACAAUGUUUGUUGUCAUGUAUCAUUGCAAAAUUUGUUACAUUAUAUCCGGUUAUUUUAUAAGAUGUAAUUGUUAAAACUGUGAUUUAAUCAAUAUAUGGAUGCGACUCUACAUAUUUUGAAUACAAGAUAUACAUUGAUAUGCAAAAUGUAAAGGGUAUACAUGAAACAUUGCUGAAAAUUAGUCAGAAAGUCAUAUGUUUGAAUGAAUUUAAUUGACUGUGUUGAAUCAUAAAUUUGUGUAUUUUUCAAUUAAAUUGAAAUAAAAACAAAUGAUUUCAUUUUCAUUUUGGCAUUAAUAAAGCCAUAUCAUGGUCCACAAAAAUGUCUAUAGAAACAUAUUUAUGUACGACCUCAGAUUACAGUUGUAACAGAUAUAUGUACGGCCUCAGAUUACAGGUGUAAUUUUAUAACAGGUCCAUGUACGACCUCAGAUAACAGGUGUAACAGAUUUAUGUAUGACCUCAGAUUACAG